GCACUUCCGGCUAAAAAUUGGUAAAUAUCAAGCCUUCUCUACUAAAAGUAGGCUAUUAUGUAUAGGGUUUGCAGUUUGGAACAUAAAUAAUGACUCAUGGAUUUGCUGAAGUGAUGAUUGAUGAUUCCCCAUUUUAAGAAUAAGAGAAUUUUCAAGAAACCAUACAUCAGUGGAUGAGAGCAUAGGCCAAGGGCUACUACAAGGUGAUCAUUUCUUUACAAAUGAACAAAGAAUUGUCAGAACAAUUGAAAUGGAUCAAUAAUGAAAAUAAUGGGGACAAAUAGAUAUGAUAAAUAGAUAUAUGAAGUUAUAUCUGCAAGAUAACCAAAUGUUUUUGAAUUAGUUCCAAGGACAAUUUUAUUGAGUAAAAUUUUCCAGAAGAAAAUCUGAUUCUUCAGAAUCACAAUGGUGGUUGCAAGCCAGAUGGAGGCUGCUGAUGUCGUUUUUAUUGUUGAAGCAACAUCAAACUUAGGACCUUAUAUCGAGAGUCUUAAACAGUCUUAUAUUCUACCCAUACUUGAACACUUUAGUGGAGGUCCACCUGAUGAGACAGACUAUGGCUGUGAUUACACCUGUACCCUGUACAGCCUGGUGACAUAUUUCUCAUCUGACUGUGCCCCAGAGCCUGCCUCAACAUGCAUGGAGCCCACCAGUAGCACCCACAGAGUCCUGGACUGGAUUGAUAAUAUUCAAUUUAUUGGGGGAGGGUGUAGUGGGAGCAGUCACACAGCUGAGGGUCUAAGCACAGCUGUUCAAGCAUUUGAUGAUUAUGAUGCCCUGAGGAAUCCUGGUGCUGCUAGUCAAAAACAUUGCAUACUGAUCUGCAACUCACCGCCAUACAAUGUACAGAGUCAAGAAAGUUUAAACUAUUCUGGAUUCUACUGUGAACGAUUGGCUGCAAUUCUUGGGGAGAAAGGAGUAUCUUUGUCAGUAAUAUCCCCCAGAAAGCUACCAAUUUUGUCAAAGAUAUUUGACCAGGGCUCCCCUGAUGUUAAAACUUCUACAAUGAAGAACUAUGCUGUUGACAUGAGGCACUUGGUACUCUUGAGGAACAUCCCCUUACAAGAGCGGCCAAUCAGUCCAAGUAUUGAAAAGUCAAGCAUGAGUCUGGAUUUGAAGCCUCAGUUGAACCUGCCUACCAAGCAAAGCCCAGGUUCCGCAACUGCACCCAACAUAGCAAGUAGCCCAAAAGCUGGUUCGGGCAUAAAGAGAGGUAGCCCAUUGAAUGUCAGUGGUGACUUCAAAGUGCCAAUCAGUACAGCGCCAUCUGCUCAGCAAUUGCCAGGUUCCCAAACAGCUGUUCAAACUGGAAUAAACCAGUUGCCAUCACGUCCAGGAGCUCAUCCAGCGCCACAGGCUUCCAUGGCAACAAGACCCCAGUUAACACCAGCGGUCACACAGUCACAAGUGGCUCCAUCUUUGGGACAAAUUGCCCAGACUCGAGGAAUGUUACCGCAAAAUACACAAAAUAAACUAAACCCAGGUGGCCAAAUGAUUGGACAUCGAAUGGCACAGCCAAGGAUGGGCCAACCAGAUGCACUUAACCAGCAGAUAAACAGUACACAGCAACAACAGCCACGAAUGAUGACAUCACAAAGCCAAAAUAUACCCUCUCAAGGUCAAGGAUCAAUGACCUCAUUAGGCCAGGGUAUGCCCCCUCAAGGUCAAGGGCCUAUGACAUCAUUAAGCCAGAAUGUGACCUCUCAAGGUCAGGGACCUAUGACUUCAUUAGGCCAGGGUGUGCCCUCCCAAGGUCAAGGCCCAAUGACUUCAUUAGGACAGGGCAUGUCCUCUCAAGGUCAAGGGUCUAUGACAUCAUUAGGUCAAGGUAUACCCUCUCAAGGUCAAGGACCAAUGACCUCCUUAGGUCAGGGUAUGAAUCCUCAAGAUCAAACUUCAAUGACCACACAAGGGCAACAAUUGACCCAAACACAGAUGUUGCAGAAUCAGAUAAACCAGCAACGUUUGCUUGUACAGAAACAACAACAACAGCAGCAACAACAACAGCAACAACAACCCCAAAUGCCAGGUCAAAUGAAUCAACCUGGUCAACCAAUGCCUCCUACCACCCAGCAACAAGGACAAAUUGGGCCCCUGGGUCAGAACCCUCAUACCUCACAAGCUGCCCUAGGCCCUCCCAACCAGAAUCCUGGCCUUGCCACCAAUCCAAUCCCCACUCCAACCAUGAAUGAGCAACCAAUGGAUAUAGGUGGCACUGGAAACCCUUUACUCGAGGGUAAUGUGCCCAACCAGACCGGGCCCCAAGGUCAACAGAUGGCGCAACAACCUCAAAGAAGGAUAUGGCAAGGGAUUGUAGAAUGGCAAGAUAAAAAUAGGGACCCUCAACAGAAAAAGGUUCGAAAUCUUCAGUGUACUGUUGCUACAUCAGAUGGAGAUAUAAAUACAACCACAUGGCCUCGGAAGUUACUCCUACAGCUUAUUCCACAGACCCUACUUACCCCCCUUCAGGCGAUGUUCAAAAAUUCUCGGACCGUGACAUUUCAUUUUGCUAACACUGAUAUAGAGGCUAUGAAGAGUCUAUAUAAACAUAUGGCACAGGGAUUUGCUGGCUGUUUUAAUUUCAAUGGCAAUUUAGCGACGGCUGACGUGAAAGUUCUAAUGAUGCUGUUUAGCUCUCGUAAAAAACAGUUUGUUGGUCUCAUCCCAAACGAUCAACAACAAUUCAUUAAAGUCUUUAGAAUGGUCAUUAUGAAAGACCCGAAGGUAAACAUGAACCCAGCUGGAAGGGGUGCAGGCUUGCUGAACAAUAUAACUAACCCAGGAAGCAGCAAUACACAGGUUGGGCCUGGGGGUUUACAGACAGCCCAGGGAGGGCUUAAUGUAUCAAGUGGGCAACAAAACCUACAGCUGCAACAACAACAGCAACAACAGCAGCAACAGCAGCAACAAAUGCCCAAUGCUCGUACUUUGGGUACAGUUCAACAACAACAACAACAACAACCAAUGGGUGGUCUGCAAUCUCAACAAGGCAAUAUGACUGUAUCUCAAUCAAUGCAAUCAAUUCCUACGUCAUUACAACAGUCUCAAGGCAUCCAAUCACAGGGUGGUGUUCAAUCCCAAGGUGCCCCACAAAUACACUCACAGCCAAAUGUUGCCACACAGCAAAUGGGAGCAUCCCAGAAUGCUUUGCAACAGUCACAGCAGACGGCACCAACUGGAGGUGCUCCCCCAAAUACCCCUACUAAUUUUGACAAACAAGCUCAUAUGCAACAUAUAAAGGAUCUAGAACAACAGCUAGCAGCAGCCAAGCAAAAAGAGAAGCAGAUUCAGUCGAUUGAACAAGCCAGAGUAUUAGCCCAACAACAGCAACAGCAGCGUUUACAGCAACAACAACAGCAGCAGCAGUUACAAGCUGCACAGCAGCAGAGGAUACAAUUACAACACCUGCAACAGCAGCAGCAACAGCUGCAGGGUUCACAGCAGAACCCACAGCAACUGAGGAAUAUACUAAUGAAUCCGCAACAGCAGCAACAACAGCAAAGACUACAACAACAACAGCAACAACAACAGUUAAUGAUGGGUCAACGACCUCGAGCCCCAGCCCCCCAAAGCAUGAUGGGAACUGGUGGCCAAAUGGGACAACUUGGACAACAGCAACAAAAUUUCAAUAUGGACGAUUUAUAUGGAUAA